GCAUGUGGUUUUAUAUUAGCUAAAAGCUGCAUGUUAUACAAUAUACAAAGUUGUAUUAUAAUGGAUUAUUUUAAAUGUAGUUGAAACAGUGUUAAUAAAAAUGAAAGCAAAAGCCAUGCCGUUAGAAAUGGAAAAGAUUAUGUUAUGUUCAUGGAGAUACGAGCUAGUAGAAAAGGAAACUUCAAUAUACUCUUCCUUUUUCUACUUUUCAUUCUUAUACUCUUUCUUCAUUGAAACUAUUUACAAUCUAUAGUACUAAAUAAUUCAACUUUUUCAUUUUUGUAACAUACACUUACAUCCCAUUUUUUUGUGUGUUUUCUUGAUCUGGUUUCUUGUUUUUGACACUUUUUUUCUUGUGGGGUUCUGUUUUCUUAUGGUUUUGGUAAGUUUAACUGUUUGAUUAACUAGAAUACUAAUGAAAGAAUUAAACUUUUUCAUUUUUUAACAUACACCUACAUCCUUUUCUUGAUCUGGGAUUUUUUUGACACUUUUUUCCUUGUGGGGUUCUGUUUUUUUAUGGUUUUGGUAAGUUAGACUGUUUGAUUAACUUGAAUUUUAAUGAAAAAUUGGCUCUUGGGAGCUAUUGUUGAAGAUUCUGGGAUUGGUUGAGUUUGGUGUUUAGGUUUGAAUCUAAAAAUUGGUCAAAAAGACUUUAAUUUUACUCCUUAUUUGUUCAGAUUUUAUACUUCUUGAAAUAAUAGUUAUGCCAUUGGUGUAAAUACAGUCUAAUUACUGUAAUCUGUUUCCCUCUUUCCAAUAUUUAGUGAUUUUUGGGGGGAGUUUUCUUUUUUUCUCUACCUUGUUUCUGUUGUCCUUGUGAACCCUUACAUAUUCUUUAAACAAAAUAAAAAUAAAAAUACUAGUAUAUGUAGAUUGCAAAAAGGAAAAGAAGAACCCACCAUUUUUACUGUGGGUUCUUACUGAUUAGGAGAAAAAGUUAUAAAGAGGCAGAAUUGGUGUCAUUCUUGUUGGGGUUACUUGAUAGUUCAAUACUGGAUUUGAUUGAGAAAGUUAUAAACUUUGAUCACUUUGAGGCAAGAAUUGGUAUCAUUUCUUGGUGGGGUUACUGCCAGUCUUAUGGGAGUGCCUGAUAGUUCAAUUCUUGGUUUGAUUGAGAAAGUUAAGUCUUGGAUUUCGUGGCGAAAAAGUGGUCCAAUUCCCUUGGAUUGCAGAUUAAACAUGGAUAUUGACAGUGGAAAAACUUGUUGGGAAUGUAAGAUGAAGUUUACUGAUUCUUGUAACAAGUACAAUUGCCAAAGUUGCAAUGGAGUUUUCUGUGGUAAUUGUUUGAAUGUUGUUGCAUCUGGAUCAGAAGGGACAGUGGUGGAUAUAAGGUCUUGCAAGUUUUGUUCUGAGUUAAGGACUUGGAAAAAUAAAGGUGUUUAUAGAGACAAAAUUUAUCCUUCUGAGUCUCCUAGAGAAAGCCAAGAAUCAACAUCACCAAAUUUCAACAGUGACAGAUUUAAUGGUUAUUCUCCAGUAUCUCUACGUCACUCGCCAAGCAGGAGUGAUGAAGACGAAGGUGGGGAUUCAACAAGUCAAUUCUUCAGUCCGUCGAGUAGCUAUUUUCAUGAUACUUCAGAUAUAGAUUCGAGUAGUGUUAGUACUAGACAUGAAUUUUACAGUUUAAGGUCCGCUGGAUCAAGUCCAUCGGACAGCCCCUCUAGGAUUCGUUUUACUUCCAAUAGAGUUGGGCAUUCUGUACAGCAAGAUCAAAAUGAUGAGACCCCAAAGUCUCAGAAUGAUGGUCCCUUUGAUCAAGAAGCCUCAUAUGUUUUAAGAAGGCUUGAGAAAGGGGCCAAGGAUCCAGAAAAGCAGCAAAAGCCAUUCAAUCUUAGAAAUAGUGAUCUCAUAUGGUUUCCUCCUCCACCUGAUGAAGAUGACGAGGCAGAAAAUAAUUUCUUCGCAUAUGAUGAUGAGGACAAUGAAAUUGGAGAGUCAGCUGCGGUAUUUUCUUCAAAGGAGAAAGAACAUGUGGAAAACAAGGAACCUUUAAAAGCUGUUGUACAGGGCCAUUUUAGGGCUCUUGUCUUACAGCUAUUGCAAGGUGAAGGAAUAAAGUCGGGGAAAGAAAACGGUGCUGAUGACUGGGUUGAUGUAGUUACAUCACUAGCAUGGCAAGCUGCGAAUUUCGUGAAGCCAGAUACCAGUGCAGGAGGCAGCAUGGAUCCCGGUUAUUAUGUAAAGGUUAAACGUGUAGCUUCUGGAAGCCCAAGGGAGAGCACCCUUGUUAAAGGAGUAGUCUGUACGAAGAAUAUUAAACACAAGCGCAUGACUUCACGCUGCAAAACUGCUAGAUUGCUUUUAUUAGGAGGAGCACUUGAGUACCAAAGAGUUCCCAAUCAGUUGGCAUCUUUUAACACAUUAUUGCAACAGGAAAGGGAGCAUCUGAAGAUGAUUGUUUCAAAAAUUGAGGCCCACCAUCCUAAUGUGCUACUUGUGGAGAAAAGUGUAUCUUCUCAUGCUCAGGAGUAUCUACUGGCAAAAGAGAUCUCUUUGGUGUUAAAUGUUAAGAGGCCACUUCUGGAGCGGAUAGCCAGGUGCACUGGUGCUCUUAUAACCCCGUCCAUCGAUAACAUAGCCAUGGCAAGAUUGGGAUAUUGUGAGCUCUUUCACUUAGAAAAAGUUUCUGAAGAGCAUGAACCUCCAAACCAGUUCAACAAGAAGCCAUCAAAAACUUUGAUGUUUUUUGAUGGUUGCCCUAGCCGUUUAGGUUGCACGGUCUUGCUGAGGGGUUUGUGUUGUGAAGAGCUUAAGAAGGUGAAGAAGGUCUUCCAGUAUGCUGUCUUUGCCGCAUAUCAUCUGUCCCUUGAGACGUCUUUCCUUGCUGAUGAGGGUGCUAGUCUACCUAAAGUUUCUGUAACACCCUCAAUGGCCAUACCAGAGAUGACAUCUUUUGAUAAUGCUAUUUCAAUGAUUUCUCAUACUGCUGAGCAUCAUUCCCCUCCUUUUAGUGAUCCACCCACCGUAGAUGAUUCUGGAGACAGAGAUGUUCUCUCUACUGCAUGCCUUGAAAAUUUACCAUUGUGUCAUGCACAUGAUAAAAGACCUGUUGAAUCUGUUGAAAUAAAAAAUCAUGCCAGUGAAGGAUCACUAGUAACUUUAGGUCAAGGAGAGAGUCAAUCAAGAGAACUACCAGAGCUGUCGAAGGUUGAGAGAUCAGAUGAACUUGGACCCUCUAAUGAAUUAUAUUCAGCUGCUGACAGUCAUCAAAGCAUAUUAGUAUCAUUUUCUAGUCGAUGUGUUCUAGAUGGAAGUGUAUGUGAACGUUCUCGUCUUCUUCGCAUAAAGUUUUAUGGCUCUUUUGACAAGCCACUUGGGCGAUAUCUUCAGGAUGAUCUUUUUGGUCAGAUACCUUCCUGUCAAUCAUGCAAGGAACCAGCUGAGGACCAUGUCAUUUGUUAUACACACCAGCAAGCGAACCUCACUAUAAAUGUUAGACGGCUACCCUCAGAGAAGCUGCCUGGUGAAUGGGACAACAAGAUAUGGAUGUGGCAUCGGUGCCUCAAGUGUGCGCAAAUAGAGGGGGUCCCACCAGCAACUUGCAGAGUAGUAAUGUCAGAUGCUGCUUGGGGACUCUCAUUUGGGAAGUUCUUGGAACUUAGUUUUUCAAAUAAUGCAACUGCCAACCGUGUUGCUAACUGUGGUCAUUCUCUCCAAAGGGACUGUCUCCGGUUUUAUGGGUGUGGAAGUAUGAUUGCAUUCUUCCGCUAUUCUCCUAUUGAUAUUCUGUCAGUUCGUCUACCCCCAUCAAUUCUUGAGUUCAGUAACUACAAAGAGCAGGAGUGGUUGCUGAAAGAAACAGAGGAGCUAUUGUGCAAAGCCAAAGCCUUGUAUGCAGAGAUAUCCAGUGCUUUUCGCAGGAUUGAAGAGAAAUAUUCCUCUCAUGAACCAUCAGAUAAAACUGAACUGGAUGACUGCAUCGUGGAGUUAAAAGACUUACUUAUGAAAGAAAGGAUCGAUUACCAUUACUUGCUUGCAACUGGUGAUGCAGAAACUUCAGAAGGAGAGCAGGCAGCGGUUGACAUUCUUGAACUUAAUCGGUUGAGGCAUUCCCUCGUGAUCGCUUCACAUGUUUGGGAUCGUCGACUUUUAUCUGUGGAGUCUCUCUUCCAAGAGAGCUCUGGUUCAGUGGGUUCAGAGGAUGCUGGAUCUUGUAGUGAGCUGAUAGAUUGGAGAAAUGACAUGUUUCUGAAGAAUGACCCUCUUGAGCAUGUCUAUGAAGAGACCGAACCUGAAUUCUCAAACUCAAAUGAAUAUGAUGAGAAACCUUUUCAGCCUGAACAGGAGGAGACUCGUGGGUCACCUUGUGGGCUGGAAGACUCCACGUUUUCCUCAUGUGAGUUCGAGAAAGCGCAGAUGGAAGGAGAGAAUGGAACAUCCUUGGAACGAGUUCCUUCAGGUGGUUCUGUUCUUUCUGAUAAGAUAGAUUCUGCAUGGACUGGUACUGAUCGAUCUCCCCAAAAAGCUCAGUUACAACGAAAUGGAUCUGAAGCUGCUCCUUUCAGGCAACUUGAUAUUCCUCCUAUUGCAAGGCUAAAAUCACCAGCAAGAGUUAACUCCUUCGACUCUGCACUGAGACUUCAAGAUAGAAUCAAGAAAGGAUUGCCGCCUUCUUCAAUGCAUUUAUCAGCAAUUAGAUCUUUUCAUGCUUCUGGAGACUAUAGAAAUAUGAUCAGAGAUCCUGUUUCCAGUGUUCAGAGAACUUAUUCUCAAAUGUCACCCAAUGAGGCUCACAAGUUUAAUCUCCUAAUGAGUUCGUCACCCUCGUUUAUUUCUCAUGCAUCUCUUAUACACGACGGAGCCAGGUUAAUGGUUCCACAAAAUGGCUACAAUGACAUUGUAAUAGCUGUUUAUGACAGUGAACCUACUAGCAUAAUAUCUUAUGCUCUUAGUUCCAAAGAGUAUAAAGACCGGGUAACUGAUAAGCCAAAUGUGCCUGAAAGGAGUUGGAACAUGAAUGACAUUAGGAAGGAGAAUCGAGUGGCCUCUAAUCAUUUAAGGUGGCAGUCUUUUGGCUCUUUAGACAUGGAUUAUAUCAAUUAUGGAGGCUACGGUUCUGAAGAUGCUUCCGGAACAAUUAAUUUCCUCUUUGCAGAUUCGAAGACUUCGCCUCACCUAAGGAUCUCUUUUGAGGACGAAUCUUCAAAUGCUGGGGGAAAGGUAAAGUUUUCUGUCACUUGUUACUUUGCUAAGCAGUUUGAUGCUCUCAGGAAGAAAUGCUGUUGUGAUGAACUGGACUUUAUACGGUCUUUAAGCCGUUGCAAGAGAUGGACUGCUCAAGGCGGAAAGAGCAAUGUUUAUUUCGCUAAGUCAUUGGAUGAAAGAUUCAUAAUUAAACAAGUUCAGAAAACUGAGUUAGAUUCUUUUGAAGAAUUUGGACCCGACUACUUCAAAUAUCUAACAGAUUCUGUUAGCUCAAGAAGUCCAACUUGCCUUGCUAAAAUUCUGGGAAUAUAUCAGGUUUCAGUCAAACACCUGAAAGGAGGCAGGGAGACAAAAAUGGAUUUGAUUGUGAUGGAGAAUAUCUUUUUUGGAAGAACAAUAUCUAAGGUCUAUGAUCUCAAGGGUUCUCUUCGAUCCCGUUACAAUGCAGACAAAACUGGGGCAAACAAUGUGUUGUUGGACAUGAAUCUUCUAGAAACAUUGCGUACCAAACCUAUAUUUCUUGGAAGUAAAGCAAAAAGAAGCCUGGAGAGAGCUGUUUGGAAUGAUACAUCUUUUUUGGCUUCGGUUGAUGUGAUGGAUUACUCUUUGCUAGUUGGAGUGGACGAAGAGCGCAAGGAGUUAGUCUUAGGGAUCAUUGAUUUCAUGAGGCAAUAUACUUGGGACAAGCAUUUGGAGACAUGGGUUAAGGCAUCCGGCAUACUUGGGGGACUAAAGAAUGCAUCACCAACUAUUAUAUCUCCGAUACAAUACAAGAAAAGAUUCAGGAAGGCGAUGACAAGCUAUUUUCUCACCGUGCCUGAUCAAUGGUCAUCUUGAAUAUGUUAUAUUCAUUACAUUCAUUACAAGAACUUUCUGCCAAUAAACAAACCAAAAUGGUAUUUGCAAAGAACAGCAGGAAGGAAAGUUGAUAAAUUCAAUUGGUCCAUUAUGUUCUUUUGUAGUUUAGGAUAGAAAUGGCCCCUUGAAAAAGGUAGAGAAAUAGCUAGGGAACUGUUAUCUUGUGUGUUGAGAAAUCUGGCAAAGUGUACAUUUGAUUUAACCAUCUGUACAUUUACACAGGCUUCAUCCACAAUGUUAAUCAAGUUUCUUUUGCAAACCA